AUGAUUGCAGGAAAUGCCCAAAAUGGGUUUGGUGAAAAAGCUCUAGGAACUUUCAAGAAAAUGCCUUUGGCAUGCGUAAAGACAAAUUCCACAACUCUUGACAAAGUGGGAGCUUUAGAACAGGGUAUGGACACAAAUAGAAGCACAACGGAAAAAGAAACAUUGUCAGAUGUUUUAGUUGCAACUGUGAGAGUCAUCUUACCUCUCAACCUUAACCAUGAAACAUCUCUAUUACCUAGUUGGAUUGUAGAAUCAAGCAAGGUUGUGAGAUACAUAGACUCUAAUCGUUUUCUCUGUUCCAGAAAGCAAGAGGGUCAUACACUUGCUCUCAGCAAUCAAUGCUCCAUUUCACAGACCAUAAAAACAGCCACAAGAAGAACAUACAAUCUCAAAUUUUUGUUAGGAGAUGUAGUGGGUAAAUGCCAGAAACCCCUUGCAGUGAUGGCCCUCGUAAGGGAUCAAUCACAAGUUGCUAAUAACAACUCUAUCAUGAGUGACCCUUUUCAGGUCUUCAAUCUUAGUUUCAUGGCGAACUCUAAGAACACUAAGAUUGCCCUCUACAGUCUAUAUUACAACACGAAAAUGCUAGAUAACAAUUCUUUGUGUGGCCCUAUUAUCGAUCAAAUUAAAGUACUUGUUAGACCAUGA